AUGUUCAGAUCAGCCAGCCGCCAGAUAGCCAAGGCUCUUCCCAGGUCUCGCAUUUUGACCUCGCGUCCGGUACACACCAUCCCGGUUCCCUACUCGGGGCCUCCGAGUUACGAUACGAUCCGCCGGCGGUUUUCUCUUUCGCAUCCUGAUCCGCAGGACUUUGUCAUCAGGCAGCGUCAGCAAGAGGCCCUAGAGCGCGGCGAGUUCACCGACAUCCACGAUGUCGACCCAGAAUAUUCUCCCGAUCCGACUGAAUACGACGUCUUGCUCACGGACAUUACUCAUGGGAAGUUGGAGUCUACAAUCGCGGAGGAAUUAGGUAUCCCAUACCUUUCGAAGGCGACCGAAGCUGAUGCCAAAGAGGUGGUUCAAGUCGCUGAAGGGUAUAUAUAUGGCCUCCACAAGAGGACAAUUGUCCCAUUUGUUGUUGCCAAUGAGAAGGAGGCUCGUUGGGUUUUUUUCAUCGUGAACAGUGGGUCUCCGUGGACAUACCUUUCCGCUCAGGCAAGCAAACUCAUGGGUUUCGAUACUGAGGGUAUAGUCACAAUUGGUGGACAUGAUCACCCAAUCCAUGUACCAUCGGCUAACUCUCACUUUUCGGAUGUUAACAUUCUUGGUACCGACUUUUGUUAUAUGAAAAAAAUUUUCAAGGCGGAGGAUUAUAGGAAACGUCGGGUGAAGAUGUACUUCGGCCGCAACUGGAAGGUGGUGGAGGAGCCCUAG